AUGAAAGACUCAAACAACAGGAAACAAAGGAACGAAUUCGAAAGGCUCACGGACAAACUUAAAAUCUUUAAGAACAAGGACGAAGGCUAUAUCGAGUAUAAUAAUUUUGAUGACACGAGUAACAGAAGGGAAAGUGGUGGACGAAACUUUAUGUUCUCUUACAACACUCAAUAUGGGGUUGGCUUUAAGAACUUCAAAAAUACUAAACUUUCUCAAUACCACCAGUUCUACAGUAAAAUUGAUAGCCAGGACAGUGGAAACAACAAUGAAAACUCCUUUCAAGAGGGGGCGAAAUCAAGAGUCUUAAAGCAGAUCUCUGGGUUCUCGAAAGUACCUCCGAAAUAUAAUAAAUAACACCUUCAUCUCGUCGGUUUAUGAAAGUAAUAGCCCAGAGCUAAUUAAGUUUCCUAAAAACAUAAGCGACAGCCCCAUCCUGACAGAUGGCUUGCGGGCAGGUCUCCCCAACUGAAAGCCGAGUGGCCUUCCGGCAGCCGAAGGGAACAUGGAGUACAGGAACCUGAAGAACUUCCACUGGAUCACUGACAAAAUUGGAAACGACCAGAGGUCCCACCACAAGCUUGAGAGGCCAUGAACCAGAGGAGGAGAAUUCAGAGGGCUAGACUUCAGUUUUGUUGAGAGGCAAGAUACGUACAAAGAUCUCGAGUCAGACGGAUCCUAUUUUGAAAGACCAGUGACUCGAUCUAAGCCAAGAAGACCAGUUUCAAGGCAAGUCAGACUCAACAAGAGAGUCAACAACCUCAGAGAUGUCCAGUUAGACUCAGAGUCCUUCCGUGGAGACAUUGGAGAGUGUGACCCACCUAGCACUAAGCAAAAAGUGCACACUCAUAAGAUAGAAAAGGUCAUUCCAAAGGCAAACUCUAAUAACAGAUCAUUCCUCUUGUCAAGAAAAAGGUCUCUGAGAGACUCAACCUCUCUGGACCCAAACUUGAAGGUGAACAAGUCGAUCAACUUCAUGCGAAAGCAUUCUAAUGAACCAGCAAGAAAGACCAGUUACAAGAAAGGAGGCGUAAACAGCCAUUUAAUCUUGAGUGAACUGAACAGAAGCAUCGAGUCAAUAAAAAUAAAAUAAUAAGAAUACGAAUGAUAAAAAGGAACUUUUCCAAAACAAGAACAUUGAGCUCUACUGUAUCCAGGAGGAGAAGGAAAUCAACGAUAAAAGCAGCAAGCCCACUUAUCUAGAACCUAUUGUGGUUUCCAAGGAAAGAAAGAGAAAAUCAAGAGGCAAGAAAGUAUCCCAUAAUAAAGAUGAUUUUAAAAAUCUAAAUAAAUUGCAAUUAGACGCAAUCAUCUCCAAAAUGAAACGAACCGAUGGAUUCAUGUCGUUCAAGCACUCGAUUAGAGGAGGCAGCUCGUCAAACUCUUUGUUCCCAUCAAGUAGUGGGGAGACUAUAAUUAGCAAUAUAAACAGUCGUAAUGCAAAGAUGGAAACUGGAUCAGAUAUAACCUAUCAAGCAACAACUUCUACUACCGAUCAUGCUACAUUCCAAUGGAACUCUGGAAAUUCAAAGCAGAAAGAGAAGGGAGCAAGCAGCUCAGAAAUGUUAGCAGAUCUCUCAAAAGGAAGGAAAAUUAACCAUGGAUCGUAUAAAGAUGGAGGAAUGGGAAAAGGCCCUGCAUACUAA